AUGUCCUCCAAACCUCCUCCCCCAGGCAUAUCGAAGCAUAUGCCCCCAUCAACCCCUGAAGCUAGACGAGCACAAUUGGUAGGAAUAUCAUCCUCAGAUUCACACGACUCCCAGCCCCAUAGCUCUCAGACUACAGAGGCCAGGGGAUUGGAUAUCUCAGGCUCGCCACCUAAUGACCCGGAAGAUCAUGGACCCAGAGCUGCACAAGCAGGGCCAGCAGUCCCUUCAGCACCAGGUUCAUCCUCCGGAGACCUAGUAACUUGGGUGCCAAGGUCUACACCUGGGAGAUUGUCAACACAUAGAGCUGCCUCUCAGAACACACCAGAACAGCGAUUCCCAGCUGUAGCUCUCUCUUCAAGAUCAAAAAACGUUCAAGGUUCAAUCAUGGAGAACAAUGCUAGAGCCCCUAGAUACGUAGCUGAUUAUGUUACGGAAUCGAUCACAACUUCAAAUCGAAGCUUACAAAGAACAAAUGAAGCAAUUCCAUGGUCCCCUGCUGCUGAAACAGCUUAUUUCAAUUCUACUAGAAAGACACCCACCCGAAAGCGGUCGACCAGGAAUCGAAUCCCAACUGAAGCAAGCAAACUAUCGAAUGUCAUUAGAAGUAUUGGCAGUGCACUUGUGGUUUCUGAACAAGCAUCCCGUCGCUCUUCCCACAGACAAGCAGAAAUUCCAGCCCUACAUUCCAAGCACUCACGAAGAGCGAUUUCCAGGUCAACAAGCAGUUCGCAGGAUGGUUUACAACGGGAAAAGGACCCAGGUAGUGCGGCUAGGCUAGCAGGUCCUCCAUCACGCAAACACAGUCGUAUCAGUCAAUCGUAUUACGAUAGGGAAUUACGUACCGAAGUCAUUAGCCUUCUUCGACAGGACGCAGUUAUCGCGGACAUUGCAAGAGAGAAAAAGAUCCCAAGAAGCACAGUCAACACAUGGAAAAGAAAUGCCAUUGCCGCCGGAGAAUUGGACACAGCCCGCUUGAAGGUCGUAAAGCCUUGGGGCAAGCGUAAGCGUCAAGAAGUUUUUGCUCUUCGUAAAGAGCAUUACUGCCCUACUGAAAUUGAGAGGUUGACAGGCGUACCAAGGCGUACUUUUGCAACUUGGAAUUACAAGCAAGAAGAUACUGAAGCAAUGUCUGGUUCUCCCAAGACAUCUAGAUCUCCUUCGCCUGGAGUGGCAGAUACUUCACAAGAAUCUAGGUCUCCAGUGUCAGGUCCUUCUAAAGAACCUGGGUCUCCCUCAAUUGCAGAGCCUCGUCCUCUUGAUGAUUCUGGAUAUGCAUCAGAUGUUUUGAUUUACACACCAUGGGAUACCUGCGUCGCCAUAUCACCGCGAUUGUUAGAUUGA